GUAGUGACGCAGAGAGGAAGCGGAACUCCGAGCGGGAGAGGCGAAGGAGGCUGUACCCCCCGAAAGUCCUGGGAGCGGCAGCAGCAGCGCCAUGGUGGAUUACAGUAUCUGGGAUCAUAUCGAGGUGUCCGACGAUGAGGACGAGACUCACCCCAAUAUCGACACCCCCAGCCUCUUCCGAUGGCGGCACCAAGCCCGAGUUGAACGGAUGGAACAGUUCCACAAGGAGAAAGAGGAAGUGGACAAAGGAUCCCGUGAUUGCAAACGCAAGUUAGCUGAGUGCCAGAAGAAGAUAAGAGAACUUGAGCUGGCUAACGCAGAGGGUAGCAAAAGUGAGCUGCAGAGGCUACAGGCUGAGGCACAGCAGCUCAAGAAAGAAGACAAGAGCUGGGAAGAUAAGGUAGAGGGACUCAGGAAGAAGGAAAAGAACAUGCCCUGGAACGUUGACACUCUGAGCAAAGAUGGCUUCAGUAAGAGUGUCUUUAAUGUCAAAGCUGAACAACAAGAUGAGGAAUCUGAAGAACAAAAAGAGAAGAAGCACAAAACAUUUGUGGAAAAAUAUGAGAAACAAAUCAAGCACUUCGGAAUGUUGCGGCACUGGGAUGAUAGUCAGAAGUACCUAUCUGAUAACCCAUAUCUUGUAUGUGAAGAGACAGCCAAUUAUUUAGUCAUCUGGUGUAUCGACCUGGAAGUCGAGGAGAAACAUGCCCUGAUGGAGCAGGUGGCCCAUCAGACUAUAGUGAUGCAAUUCAUUCUAGAGCUGGCUAAGAGCCUGAAGGUUGACCCUAGAGCUUGUUUCAGACAAUUUUUUGCUAAAAUCAAGACAGCUGACCAGCAGUAUAUGGAAGGUUUUAACGAUGAACUGGAAUCCUUCAAAGUCCGAGUGCAGGGCCGGGCUAAGGCACGCAUCGAAAGAGCUAUGAAAGAAUAUGAAGAAGAAGAGCGGCAGAAACGGCUGGGGCCAGGGGGCCUUGAUCCUGUGGAUGUAUAUGAAUCCCUCCCAUCAGAACUUCAGAAAUGCUUUGAUGUGAAAGAUGUGCAGAUGCUUCAGGAUACUAUCAGCAAAAUGGAUCCUGCUGAAGCAAAAUACCAUAUGCAACGGUGUAUUGAUUCUGGCCUAUGGGUACCAAAUGCGCAAACAGCAGAAGGAGUGGAAAAGGGUGACAAGUCGGAAGGUGUCUAUGAGGAGGUUAAGAAGGAGAGCUCUGAGGAAGAAAAAGGAAACCCCUGAAGCCUUGGCCACAUGUCUUUAAAGCAGAUUGCCCCAUUUACUUCUGCCCUUUCUUUCAUAUCAAACUGUUCAAUGAUGAUGUGCUUUAUGCAUUUAGGCACUUGAUUAUUGUAUGAGCUGCUUCUUGACUGGCUCUCUUGCUCACCCUAUGAACACAGUUCCCAAGUUGUACAGCAUUGUUAUCUAUUGGAAGCCAACAUUUCAGGGGAGUCCAGGCAGGCUCACAGUGGCUUGGCAUAGCAGUUCCACCUUCUGUCUUGCUGUGGUGAUGCAAGUCAGUGUUCUAGUUACAAAUGUGCUAUUAAUAUCUAUCUUUUUGUUUGACAACGAGUGAAAGCUAUUGAGCAAAUAAAAAGGUUGAAAUAGCUGAGACUGA